CUCUCUUCGUCCUCUAUAAAUUCAUUUCACUCCAAUCUAUUUUCCCAUUACUCAUUACUCUUUAAUUUUUAUUUCAACUAUUUUUUUUAUCAAUUCGUCGCUAAAAAUAUAUAUAUGGCAGAAGAAUUUCAAGAAUCGGAGGUUAUUUUCUCCGACUACCACAACGACGACAAAAGAAUCUUAUUUUGGAAUGAAGAAUUAGCAACGGAUCUUGAAAACUCUUCUAGGAGAGGAAAGAAAAAGAAGCAAAAGAAAUCUAAUUUUUCGUCUUCGUCUUCAUCUUCGUCGUCUAUUCCGGUUAAUAUUCCGAGCAAUGUGUUCCGAUUUUCCAACGGCGACGAGCUUUUAUUCGACGACGAGGAUUUUGACGACGAAGAUGAAGAAUUGGUGCCGCCACAUGUUAUUAUUGGAAGGAGAAUUCAAGGGAAAAUGGCGUUUUCUGUGUGUACUGGAAAUGGGAGAACAUUAAAAGGAAGGGAUUUGAGUGAGGUUAGAAAUUCAAUUCUUAAGUUGACUGGAUUUUUAGAAGCUUGAUUAUGAUUAUCAAAAGUUUAGGAGUUUUUUAGAAUUUUAGUAAAAAUUUGGGGGCACAUUCUAAUUAUUUAAGAAAAGAGUUGAGGGGCAUAAAAAUGGAAAUAAUUUCAGUUCUUUUGCUCUUUUUAUUUCAUUUAUUUGUAUUUUCAGAUAUUAUUCAUUAAUGUAAUUGAAAGCAAAAAAGAAUUUUAAGUAGGAAGAGGAAUUGUUCAUGUGGGUUUUAAUUGAUUGUACAAUUCUUGUUUUUAUUUGCAUACUGUUUUAUGUAUGAAUUAGCUAUAUUUAUGAUGAUA